AUGGGACCUUCAAUAGAUGACGCCAAACGGCGGGGAGAUCAAAGAAUGAGUGCCAGCAUGAGAGUUCCUUCCGUACAUCGUCCAUUUCCCGAUCGGCUUCCCGAGCGCUUCAAGGACGAAGCAGAUGCCCAAGUAGAUUUCACAGCCCCGCCACAAGGUAUGAGCUCGCGAGAUGGCAAUAUGCAUUACAUGCAGCAGUCAUUGUUUUCCAUGAUCGCCGCCGUGGGGUCUCGAUCCGACUUUCGUGCUCGAUUUGAUGAUUCGAGUGACGAUGAACCGGACGAGAAACGAAAAGAAGAUCGGUCGCACGUUGCAAAUAGAGAUUCAUCAUUACAUCACAACAUUAGCGGGACUCCCGCUUUAAACUCACCAGAUGAAACUGACGAACGAGGCCGUCGCCACCGCAGAACAAUAUCGGAGAACAAAGCGGUGCGGAAGCUACCUUCCUUGACUUCAAAGGAUGAAGAGAAGGAGAUGUCGACGCCCAGCGGGUCGGUACUCAUGCUACCGCUGAGGCAAACCCGCAGUGUAACGCCACGGGCAGCCCCCGUUCUUUCACGGAUGGUACAGGCACAGAAUCGAUUCGACACCGCAUCGGUGCCUGAGAAUCCUCCGUCGAGGCCGGAAACCCCAAGCGAGGAGCGACCGCAAACCUCAGGCUCUGCCCUCUCUUCGCGACUAAUGGAGAUGUUUGGAUUUGAACGAACGGAAAAGGUCUUGGUCGAAUACGCUUGUGCAUUGCUGCAGAGUAUGCUUCUUCAAGGGUACAUGUAUGUGACGGAAGGGCAUAUCUGCUUCUAUGCGUACCUGCCGAAGAAAUCUACCGUGGCUAUCAAAUCAGGCUACUUGUCGAAGCGCGGUCGGAAAAAUCCCAAGUACAACCGUUACUGGUUUGUUCUGAGAGGUGAUGUUCUGUCAUACUUCGUCGAUCCUUCAAACCUGUACUUCCCCAGUGGCCAUGUGGACCUUCGCUAUGGGAUCUCCGCUUCUCUCGCAGAGCCUAAGAUCCAAGGCGCCGAGGUGAAAGACUUCCAAGUCAGCACCGACCAGCGUACCUUUCACUUUCGCGCAGAUAGUGCUACAAGCGCAAAGGAGUGGGUUAAGGCACUUCAGAAAGUCAUCUUCAGGUCUCACAACGAGGGAGAUAGUGUCAAAGUCUCAUUUCCCAUCAAGAAUGUGAUUGACCUGGAGGAGAGUCCCAUGGCCGAAUUCGCCGAGACUUUCAAAAUCCGAGUCGUAGACAGUAAUGAGGAUUUCGCCAUUGACGAAUAUUUUUUCUCUUUCUUCAACUCAGGCCAGGAGGCCUUUGAUUAUUUAAAGAGUCUAGUGAGCUCAUCUCCUACAAGAAAUCCAUCAGAAGAGUCGCGGGAUGCCAAGUCUGGGAGGGUUGGACCCGAUGCAACAGUCACAGAUCUCAGGGGAUUGUCAGAUAGCCAGAUUCUUAAGCAAGAUCAGUUGUCACGCGCCCCGAGUCCAAGUAUCGGCAACGAACAUCAAGGCUCUGGCGAUUCGUUUGCUCAUUCGGCGGACCAGGGAACAGAUUCAUCGCAUGUCGUACAUUCAAUGACAGAAACGACCGAGUCCGCGAGUCAAAUUCUUAACCGGAGUGAUGUUUUCCAAUCACCAACGAUGCGGUCCCUACCAAGACGCUCAUCUGACACUGGUGAUCUUUUCCAGCGGCGAUCUGAUGAUACGGCUCGCUCUACAUCUGCGCGAUUGGGCCCAGCGCAUCGAGAUACAUUAAACACACCAAGUCGGUUGACACAACGCCCACCAGCGAAUGUUCCCCUGAAUGACCUUGUCAAGGCCGGAGCGUAUCCACUUCAACGUGCUGCCGGCUUUGCAGAGUAUCUGAAAAGCAGAUCUCGGCAGAUGAGUAGCUUGCUAGCAGCUGAAUCCAUGGGCUAUAUCGAGAAGGUAUCUGGCAUGUGGAUUGGUGGACAGAGGCAUUAUGGCGAAACCGAAGGCGUGAUACCAAGGGACCAAACCAUCGACCCUGAAGAGGAGCAAGCCAAUGCUAGUCAUGGCGACCGGUUCCGUGCUCAUUUCGCCCUCCCAGCUACCGAGCGACUGCAAGCAACUUACUAUGCCUAUCUGCAUCGAAUGCUCCCACUAUACGGCAAGAUCUAUGUCAGUGAGAGAAAACUUUGCUUUCGCAGUUUGAUCCCCGGCACUCGCACCAAGAUGAUUUUGCCUCUGAAAGACGUUGAGAACGUGGAGAAAGAGAACGGGUUUCGAUUUGGCUACCACGGACUAGUUGUCAUAAUCCGCGGCCACGAAGAGCUCUUCUUUGAAUUCAAUACCUCCGAUGCGAGGGAUGACUGCGCAGUCACACUCCACCAAAAUCUGGAGUCUGUUAAGUUCCUCAUGGAGUCAGGCCUACUGGCAGAGGAGGAGCGCAAGGAAGUCGAGGCAGCAAAGGCCGAGCACCAAAUGCUACAGGAGGCUCGAAUUGACAACCCUGAGGAACAUGAAUCACAUCCGACGCUCCAUGAGGGCUCAUCUGAGAUACACCCAUUCUUUGACGACCCUCGUGCUUCCAUCAUCAACUUUAAGCCUCCCGAGCCCCUAAAGAUCACUUGUCUGACCAUUGGAUCCCGGGGUGAUGUACAGCCCUACAUCGCCUUGUGUAAGGGGCUUCUUGCUGAAGGCCACAAGCCAAAGAUUGCGACACAUGCUGAAUUUGAGCCAUGGAUCCGGAAGCACGGAAUCGACUUUGCUCCCGUUGAUGGUGACCCUGCAGAGCUGAUGCGGAUCUGCGUGGAGAAUGGCAUGUUCACGUAUUCUUUCCUGCGGGAGGCGUCUUCGAAAUUCCGAGGCUGGAUUGAUGAUUUAUUAUCGUCUGCUUGGUCCAGCUGCCAAGGCAGUGACCUUCUUAUCGAAUCGCCGAGUGCAAUGGCCGGAAUUCAUAUUGCGGAGGCUCUCAGAAUUCCAUACUUCCGUGGAUUUACCAUGCCCUGGUCAAGAACUCGUGCAUACCCACAUGCAUUUGCGGUUCCGGAGAAUCGCAUGGGAGGUUACUACAAUCACCUCACAUACGUUAUGUUUGACAAUAUAUUUUGGAAGGCAAUCGCCGGCCAGGUCAAUCGUUGGCGGAACAAAGAGCUUGGGCUCAAAGCCACCAACUUGGACCGCAUGCAGCAAAAUAAAGUUCCAUUCCUAUACAACUUUUCGCCUUCGGUGGUGCCACCGCCUCUUGAUUUUCCAGAUUGGAUUCGAAUCACGGGCUACUGGUUCCUGAAAGAGGGUUCGGAUUGGACUCCUCCAGCAGGGCUUACAGACUUCAUUAAUCGUGCCCGUGCUGACGGGAAGAAGCUUGUGUACAUUGGAUUUGGGUCUAUUGUAGUCUCUGACCCUGCUGCCUUGACUCGGACUGUCAUCGAAUCAGUGCAGAAAGCGGACGUGCGAUGCAUUCUUUCAAAGGGGUGGUCAGAUCGACUGGGUGACCCUUCUAGUGCCAAAAUUGAAAUCCCCCUGCCCCCAGAGAUCCAUCAGAUCCAAUCUGCACCUCACGAUUGGCUUUUUUCGCAGAUUGAUGCUGCAGCCCAUCAUGGCGGUGCAGGAACUACAGGUGCGAGCCUUAGAGCAGGUGUACCAACCAUCAUCAAACCUUUUUUUGGUGACCAGUUCUUCUUUGGCUCCCGGGUCGAGGACCUCGGGGUGGGGAUCUGCAUGAAGAAGCUCAACGUCAGUGUUUUCUCACGAGCUAUCUGGGAGGCCACACAUAGUGAGCGGAUGAUUGUCAAGGCUCGUAAUUUGGGUAUCCAGAUCCGUAACGAGGAUGGAGUGACCACUGCCAUCCAGUCUCUUUAUCGUGAUCUUGAAUACGCCAAGACCCUUGCGAAGCAGCGCUCCAAUGCCUCAGCCACUCCAUUCUCCCCCACUCCGUCUGCCCAAGCCUCACCGGAUAAUGCCGAUAAUGACAUAGACGACAUAGAGGAGUGGACAUUUGUUGGCGAUGAUAAUGACAUGGACCUCUCAAAGCGAGUACGUGAUCGGGCAGCCUCGGCCGCAUCAGCUGUUUCGGAUGUCGAUAGAAUGGCAUCCAGCAUGUUUCUCCCCUCAUGA